AGUUACAGGUCAUUAUAGGCGCUAGAUUAUUCAGAUAAGCUGUGUCCUUGGACUCGUUAGCGCAGGGAGCCUUGAACCAGCACGCCCCGAGCUAUUAAGGAGUGGCGAGCAGCGUAAAGGCAUCCUUUGGAGGUGACCGGCAGGAGGCUUGGUCUCUUCCUAGCGCGUCGGCAGGGCAUCAUCAAUGAGUGUCAUCGUGGACGAAGUUGCUACCCAAUGCCUUCUCCCCGAUGGCCCAUCCUCAACGCUCUUUGAUGAGUUGCCCCAGUUCGACGAUGACCUCGCCCCGGGCGAGGAGCUUGCCGACUCGCUGAGGGCGCAGCCGUCAGCUUCAGAGCAGACAGAUGACGCUCCAGGCCCCUCGGGCAACUCGCUGCCCGCAACCCCUGCGGAGCGGCCCACUACCUUCAGCCCGGCAGCUCUUCCUCUACCGGCAUCGUCCAGCCCGGGGCGUCCGACCCUCGUCCUGGAUCUGGAUGGGACACUCAUAUCCAGCGAGGAGCUGAACUCGGCUAACUCGGCAUACAUUUACAACCCGCCGGCGGGCUCCCGCACGCCCGACUACGAGGCGAUGGGGCGGCGCGUGUGGCUGCGUCCCGGCGUGAAGGAGUUCCUGGCGGCGGUGCGGCCUCACUUUGAGAUCGUGCUGUUCACGGCCGCCACACAGAACUGGGCCGCUGCCGCCAUUGAGCAGCUGGACCCCUCCGCCUACCUUUUUGACGUCAUGCUGCACCGCGACCACACCAUAUCGGACCUCAUGUGGGACUAUGUGAAGGACCUGUCCCGCCUGGGUCGCGACCUCGCGCGCGUGGUGAUCGUGGACGACAACCCGCUCAUGUUCAUGUACCAGCCCGACAAUGCGCUGCACAUCGGGGCCUACGAGCCCGCCUGCGCGGGCGGCCCCGACAACGUGCUUGAGCGCGUCGCGGACGUUCUGAUCAAACAGGUCGCUGUCGCCUCGGAUGUACGGGAGGUGCUCGGGCCGAUGGCCAGCACCAAGUCCUGCAUCACCAACACCCUCACCGCCACUGCUCCGGCGCCCGUGGCGAGUUCUCCCCCGCAUCUGGCGGGCUGCGAUGCAGCCGCCACGUCAGCCGCGGAUCCCAUGGAUGCGGACGCCGGCAGCUCGGUUGGCGCAGGAGCAGCAGCAGAUGCAACGGUUGGCCCAGCAGCCGCGGCGCUCGACUGGAGCGAGAUGUCGGAGGAGGGCAGUGAUGAUGAGGAGGCCGAUGAGGAGGUGCUUGACGUGCAGCGCCGUAAGGCGGCCGUGCAAAUGGACGAGCACGAGGAGGGCCCAGCGUUUGAGUGGGAUGAUGCCGAGUCGGAGGGGGCCGAGGCUUACGAUGAGCACGGGGCCGUCGCCACGCACACGAUGGGCGUAGAUGUCGACUCGGGCUGCAGCCGCCGCUUCGACAGCUGGCAGGGGCAGUCGGCGUGCGCUGGCGAGGAGGGUGAGGCACCGGCCGCUGACGGGGGCUCCAGCGAUGACGACGACGGGCAGGCCGGGGAGGAGGAGCAGGAGGAGGAGCACGGCAGCGAGGACUUCGGCGCGCUGAUGGACGACGCCAUAGCCGAGUAUGACAGCGAUGCGUACGACGGCGAGCACGACGACGAGCUGGAUUUCCCGGCCGAGUCCGCGGCGGCGGCCAUCACGGCGCAAGCCGCCGCCGUAUCGGAACGGCAGGAGUUGCGUGGCUGCGGCCACGGUGACGACAGCGGCAGUGGCUGCCAGGAAGCUGACGCGCAGCUGCCCAGCGGGAUGGUGUUCCUCACGGACCUGCACCCAGCGCUGCAGACAGCGAGCGGGUCAGGGCCGGACGCCGCCGCAUCGAUUGCGCCGGCGCACGCCGAGGCGACGUCGCGCCGUGCAUGCAAGCGCAGCCGCGAGCAGCGGUCUGAGGAGGCGACCGGCGAGGAGGUGGAGGAGUCUGCGGCCUGCCGGCUGCGCUGCAGUGUGGCGGCGCCCAGCGGCCAGGAGGUUGCAGCGGUGCAGUGACCCAGCAUGAGCACCUUGUGCCACUGAAUGCGGCAGCAUCAAGGUGCCCAGAUACUGCAGUACCGGCCGAUGUGCGUGCGCCGGUCCGCCAAUGCCAGGCAAACCUGCGGCAGGUUUGUGUCCCUAUGGUUGUCUCCAUGUGUGUGCGACUGUGCCCGUGUGCGGCGCGGCAAGCCGCAUGCUCUGCGGGGGGUGGUAAUGGUUAGGUCACAGCGUUGAGCAGCCAAGAAAUACUUUUGGGCUUGCCUCGCCAUCAGUUUCGUGUGUUAAAGUCAGCUUUGGCUUCCUCUUUCGUUUGCAUUCGCCCGUUUACCGCCGCAGCUCGCGCUUUGCAGGGCGGCCAACAUGGGUUACGGUUGAGCCGUGACCAUAAUGCGGUUGGCCGUGUCUUUCACUAUCAAGUCAUGCGUUGCUUGGUUAUCGUUUUCUGUGUUCAACACUUAUGCGUUCUAUAUUGGCGAGGCUUUGCUGUGGGCCUUGGUAGUAUCGCCGGUGAGGCAAGAGCACGCAAGAAUGUGUGGUUCGGCUCAAGGGUAGAAUAGCUGCUUCCCAGAGAAGACCCAACUAUCAUCGGUAGCUGCGAGUCGUUGUCAAAGUCGUGCGGUGUGUGUACGUGUGCCGGGCUCAGGCUUGCGCAGUGGACACUUGCAGUUUAGACGGCAUGCUGAUGUUCACGAGGCCUUUGGAUCGCGAGCAGGCGAGGCAGUGCAGGACAGGUGCCAAUGGCUCAGGGCAGUGAUUUUGGCGAAGUCCAAGAGUGUUGAAUGUUGUUCGCUUAGGCAGAAUGGCCCAUCAGGGAGCCAGACACGUAGACAGGUGUUAGUUAGGUUAGGCUAGUACCCAAAAGCAAAAAAAAGAAACUUACACAGUCGUAGAAGGGCCCGUAGAUGUGGUCGACACGCCGUGUGCAAAUGACGAACUGUGGGUGCACUGGCGGAUAGGUUGCAUGGCCGAGAGAGCUAGUGGCCGGAGCAGCAGAGCAGGGCACCGCUGCAGCUGCAAGGGCAAGGGCCACGCCAGGAGAGUAGAUGGACCCGGACAUCAUACGUAGCACUAGAUGAGGCGGCUGUGAAAGCCAUUGUUUUUUGGCUGAUACCGUGUGCAAUGCGGGCGGUGCAGCGUGUGGGGGGCUGAACAUUGGGGUAUACUGCUGCGCUGGUAGAGUAGGAUGUCACGCCGGUGCGUAAAGGUACCGUAUCAGCCCGAAAGGAGCUUGAAAGCAAGGCUGUGCGAUGCGGGGCUAUCGCUGACGCUGGAUGUUGAUGCACGAGCGAUUCAGUGGCAGAGAUGACGGACGCGGAUUCAUGGAUGGUCGGUGCUUGAAGCACGAAAGACCCUGGUCGGCCGUUUGCCUGGGCAGAAGUUGCCUUGGGCGUUCCCCGUGGGAUUGUAAAGCCUUCCCUCU